UAAUUUCACUACCAAAGAGAGGAAGCCCGAAGAAACAGCAAGAAUAUAUUAUCGAUUCCAAUUCCAACACCAACGCCAAGACCGACACGAAUACGCGAUGAGUACCCCAUCACUGGAAGUCUCUUUUCUCUGGUACCCAUUUGGUUUGAUUUGACUCACUCUCUCCCUUGGACUCUAAUUCCAGUUUCUCUCUGUUUCUGCGCGUGCUAUGCAAGACCCUUCCAGACCCAUGACGGGCUACCCAGUCCACAACGGUUAUCCUCCGCCCCAGCAGGGCGCCGCUUACCCUUACGCUGUCCCGGCGCAGCCGCCGCAGCAACCCUACCCGUACCCCUACCGUCAGUCGUCCUCGAGCCCUUUUGCGCGCCGCUUCCUCUCCGCCAUGAUCGUCUCCUUCGUCGUCAUCGGCGUGGUUGUUCUCGUGCUCUGGCUCGUCCUCCGCCCCCGCCUUCCGGACUUCAGCGUCGAGUCCGUCUCGCUCUCCAAGUUCUCCGUUGCGUCCAACUCCUCCUCCAUCACCGGCACCUGGAACGUUCGGUUCGCCGUCUACAACCCCAACAAGAAGAUGUCCAUCUCGUACGACGUCGUCGAUUCCGGGCUACUCUACAAGUCGGAGACCAUAUCCCUGACGCGACUCCCGCCGUUCAAGCAGGGGAAGCGGAACCAGACGGUUGUGGACGCGGCGUUCUCGGCGGCAGAUACCUACGUGGGAACACGGGUCGUCAGUGACAUCGUCGGGGAGAGGACACGUGGCUCAGUCAGCUUCAAUGUGGAGGUUCAGGCUAGGGUUCAGUUCCGGACCGGUGGGUGGAGGGUGAGGAGCCGGUGGCUCAGGGUCUGGUGCCAGGGUCUGGCGGUCGGGCUCUCGUCCAAUAGCAGCGGGUCGGGGAAUCUGGUGGGGGGAGCAAGGGACUGCAGGGUUGGUUUGUGAGUAAAUUAGGUGUUUUUGGGUUAAUAAUCCCAUAUGCAAAAUAGAAGAUUUGUUUGAAUAUGAGCAAUUAGUGUUAAUUUAACUGUACAUUGGAAUUAGUUUCUUUUCGUUUCUUUUUUGAAUGAUUAGUUGGUUUGAUUAAUGGCUGUACAGUACAGUUUUCUGCAAUUGUGUUUUGUGUUGGUUAAUGCCAGAAUUGCGCUGUGGAGUUACAUUCUAUAGGUUUUGGUGUUU